AUGUCUAACCGUAAAGGCAAAGUUCGUGAGGAGCAACCAGUUAUUAGCUUAGGACCACAAGUUCGUGAAGGAGAAAUUGUUUUUGGUGUUGCACACAUCUAUGCAUCAUUCAAUGAUACAUUUGUUCAUGUUACUGAUCUUUCAGGAAAAGAAACUGUUAUUAAAGUUACCGGAGGUAUGAAGGUUAAAGCUGAUCGUGAUGAAUCAUCUCCAUAUGCUGCUAUGCUUGCUGCUCAAGAUGUUUCUGAACGUUGUAAGAUGGUUGGAAUAAAUGCUCUUCAUAUUAAGCUUCGUGCUACAGGAGGAACAAAAACUAAAACACCAGGACCAGGAGCUCAAUCUGCUCUUCGUGCAUUGGCACGUUCUGGUAUGAAAAUCGGACGUAUUGAAGAUGUCACUCCAAUUCCAUCUGAUUGUACUAGAAGAAAAGGUGGUCGCCGUGGACGUCGUCUUUAA